AAUUCUACCGUCUCACUCAUUUCCUCGUCUUUCAUCUGCAUUUUGUUGCGUUCGUUAGCAUCAUGUAUUCGUCGUCCAACUCAUUCCUGGGCGGUGCAAAUAAUGCCCGCCCGGGCCCUGGCGGCUUCGGGCAACAACAGUCCUUCGGCUCGUUUAAUCAAGCUUCCCAACAGCCAUCACCUUUCGCUCCGCAGCCUACCGGCUAUCCUGGACAGUUGCAGGCACAGCAGACUGGUUUUCCAGGGUUUGGGGCACAGCAAGGGUUUCAAGCUCCAACGCAACAACCUCAGUUCACGGGAUAUCCGGCCCAGAAUCAAGCUCAGCAACCUCAGUUCCCACAGGCACAGCAGCCUCCUCCUUUCCAGCAGCAGCCAUCCUACCAGAGCGCUCCUCCAGCUCAACAACAGCAACAACCUCCUCCAGCUGCUCCGAUUCGUCCUCAGCAGACGUCUAACCAGAUUGCGCAGUCCUUUUCUCAAGGUUCCUCGAGUGUACCGACGUCGAACAGACGAGCGAGCAAGAGCGCAAGCAAGAUACCCAAUAUAAGAUUGUCUUUCAUUACUGCUACGGAUCAGGCAAAAUUUGAGCAGUUGUUCAAGUCGGCGGUAGGGGAUGAGCAAGCAUUAAGCGGUGAAAAAGCCAGAGAUCUGCUACUGAGGUCAAAACUGCCUGGAAGUGCUUUGUCCCAGAUAUGGAUUCUGUCGGAUACCACCAAGUCAGGGCAGCUCCUCUUUCCAGAGUUCGCCCUGGCGAUGUAUCUGUGCAAUUUGAAAUUGACGGGCAAGGAUUUGCCUACUGCUCUGCCAGAAAAGGUCAAGAACGAGGUAUCUAGCAUGGUGGACAUCAUCUCCUUUGGCGUUCCUGAUGAAAAACCACUGCCGACACCUCGGGCCAACAUGCCAGAUUUCGACGCGCCGAUGAGACAAAAUGCUGUAUCUCCUCCUGCACCUCAGGCACCACGGCCACAGCAGGCAUCAAACCAACAGCUUUUGUCGCAGCUGACUUCUCAGCCAACAGGGUUCUUCAACCAGGCGACAGGAUUUCAGCCAGGCCUUCAGGCUCAACCAACUGGUUUCCCGGGACCCCAACAAGGUCUGCAGUCUCAGCCUACAGGGUUUCCGGGGCCGACUGGCUAUACUGGUCCGCGACCACCCAUGCCUCCAAUGCCGACUGGAUUGAGUAGCAACAUGUCGCCGCAACAGACUGGUCUUCUACAAGCUCAACCUACUGGAAUACCUGGGCAGUGGGGCUUUGUCAACGCUCCAGCAGGAGGGUUACCAAAUAUAGAGGCUCUCCGACAGCAGCUGAUGCCUCAAGUUGGUCGUGAGGGUGGCUACACCACGCAAGGUUUGGCUGGAACCGCCAAAGUACCUUGGGCAGUGACCAAGGACGAAAAGAGAAUCUACGAUGAGCUUUUCCGUGCUUGGGACGGUCUGGGUAAGGGUUACAUCUCUGGUGAUGUCGCUAUUGAGAUCAUGGGUCAGAGUGGUCUGGACAGAACUGAUCUGGAGAGGAUCUGGACCUUGUCGGAUCCCAACAACAAAGGACGACUCAACAUGGAUGAAUUCGCUGUAGCCAUGCAUCUGAUAUAUCGUAAAUUGAACGGAUAUCCCGUUCCGAAUCGACUGCCACCAGAGCUGAUUCCCCCGUCGACGAGAAACUUCAACACCUCCAUCGACACCGUUAAGUCCUUGUUAUCACAGGACGCCGAAUCCCGGAAACAAUCUGGAGCGUUCUUGCAGCCGCAAAAGACGGGUAUCAGCUAUCUUAAAACCCACUCUUUCCGUUCAGGAUCAGCAUCACCGAGCUUCGGGCGCAAGGAUGCGACCGUCUUCCGCAACAAUGACGAUGACAUUGGUUAUCGUUCAAGUGCAAGACGUCGUCUUGGGGCUGGAGGCAGGACUCCAUCCCCUGCUCAGUCUUCUGAUAUGUCUGAGAGUGCUCAUGACGAUCUGACGCCGGAUCAAAUCAGGAAAAAGAUUCGCGAGAAAAAGAUUUUGUUGGACGCAACCGAUUUCCAGGACGAACGACAGGCUUAUGAUGAGGAUGUCUUGGAUCGCAGAGACAGAAGAGAGGCGGAAGAUCUCUUCAGACAGAUCCGUCGUGUUCAAGACGAUAUUGAUACUCACCCCAAUUCUGGGUUUGCUAGCUCAGAUACUGGCGCGGAGAGAAGGUCUAUGCGCCGAGAAUUGCAGAGGUAUCAAGACCGACUCCCAGGCCUGGCGUCAGAUGUUCGAAAGAUUGAGAAGAGCAUCUCAGAAGCUAGACUACAGCUCUUCCGCUUGAAGGACGCCAAAGCCCACCCGAAUAGUGCCUCGAACAUCGUCGGUACCGGACCUGGAGGAGCGGUCACUGAGGCUGACCGGAUCAAAGCCCGGGCGAGAGCCCGAAUGCAAGCUCGGGCUGCUGAACUUGCAGGACGACCGGCUCCAGCCUCUGAUGACGAAGGUGCCGCACAGAGACGACUCGAGCAGGAGACAUCCAAGGUCAAAUCGGAACAAGAACGUCAUGAAGCCAUGACUCGCGAUGUUGAAGAUAGCGUCAAGGACUUCGUAUCCAGCCUCGAGGAUGGUCUGCGUGUUGAGGGUGAAAAUGCAACUCAGGAACAUGAAAGAAGACGCUGGGAAGAAGCCUUGGGCGUUGAGGACGAGAUCAAGGAACUCAUUUAUGAUCUCCAAAGAAGCAGUCGAACAGCCAAAGUCCGCAAACAAGAGCAAUCUCGUCCUACCCGACCAGCGCCUACAGAGCAUGCUCCUGAGGAAUCGAGAUCUACUAACGGGGACUUACCAAGUCGUCCUGCUCCGUCGACCACCGCCUCAUCAUCAUCAUUGACUGGUGGCACGUCGGCCCAGGACCGCGUUGCCGCAGCCAAGGAGAAAGCUCUCAAGCGAAUCCAGGAGCGCAUGGCCGCGGCAGGCAUCAAGCCUGCUGGCGACUCUGGUGAAACCAUGCAACAACGUCAGGAGCGUGAGAAACAAGAAAGAGCCGACCGCUUGCGGAAGGCAGAAGCAGAAGACGCCAAGCGCGAGCAAGAGAGACAGCAAAGACUGGCAAAUGAGGGCGUAGCACCUCCGAGCCCCAAGUCUGCCAAGAAGCCUCCUCCACCACCGACCCGGAAACAGAGGCAGGAGAGCUAUGACAUGACUGAUCGUAAAGCGCAGGAGUCCGCAGCAAAAGCCAAAGCCGAAGAAGAAGCGGCUGCUCAGAUCAGGGCAGAACAGGAAGCACAGGAAAAAGAGCGCAAGAAACUAGAAUCGCAAGCCAAAGCGCAAGAGAACGACCUAGAAAAGGAGCGUGAAGCUGCUCAAGAACGUUUGCGCGCUCUAGAAGAACAAGUCAAGGCCGGUAAGAUCAAGAAGCAGGAAGAGAAAGCUCGCAAGAAGGCGGCAGAGAAAGACGCCAAGGAGAAGGAAGCCAAACUUGCUGCACAGCGAGCGGAACUUGAAGCGGCCAGGGAAAGAGAACGACAACUCCAGCUGCAACUUGAGAAUCUUGGUGAAUCUUCCUCAGAUGAAGAUGAGGGUCCAGAACAAAUCACUCCUCCAGAUAGCACCCCAGCGCUGAGUCAGGUGCAAACGAGCUCAAUCUCGUCGCCGCCAGCAACAGCUCCUCCACCACCACCACCGCCUCCACCAGAGUCAUCGACAAGUGGCGGUUACGAUGCGACUCCAGUUUCAAGCCCUCCGGCAGAAGAAUCACGCAACCCAUAUUUCAGGAAGCUUUCUCAACGAUCAGAGGAGGCGAGACCCGCGUUUUCACCACCACCUGUGCCUCAAGCUCAACCUUUCUCCCCACCAGCAGCUGCAACACCCGCACCACCAGCUGACCUGCCAUCUACCAAUCCCUUCCACCGUAUCGCUCAGCAAGAGAUUGCUAAGCCACUGACACCUAGCUUUACGGGAGGCCAGUCAAGGCGUCGUCCAGAAGAGGAUGAAUGGUCUGCAGCUGGAUCUGACAAGGAUGACGACAGUGACAACGAAGACGAGCCACCUGCCGCCGGAUCAGCCAAACACCUGGCAUCUAUCCUGUUCGGUACGAUGGCGCCACCUAGGCCAUUGUCUUCCAUGGAUAGCAAAGAUAGCAAGCCUGCUACACCUGUACAAGAGCCACCACCGAUCCCAGGAGCCUUUGAUUCUGCUCCGCCACCUCCACCGAUGCCAGAUAGUGGUGCUCCAUCAGCGCCACCUCCACCACCGCCCAUGCCUAACUCUGGUGCACCAAGCGCGCCUCCUCCACCUCCACCAAUGCCUACUGCAGCAGCUCCCGAUGGUGCACCACCGCCACCACCAAUGCCUGCACCAGCCCGCGCAGGCACUGGUGACAUUGGAGCUCUUCUAGGUGAAAUUCAGAAGGGCAGAGGAUUGCGUCACACUGAGACAAAAGAUCGUAGCUCUAGUGCUGUCGCAGGAAGAGUAUUGGGUUAGGGAAGCCUGUGUGCAAAGAGAAUGCAUGUGUACAGAUCAUAGAUGAGACUGACCGUAGUUAUCUCCUUUUCUACCUCCGUACCUUGCUAUAUAAUCUUGGAGAGCUUCACCGUGUCAUUACGGUAUCGUGAAGCUCUUAUCUCCAG